ACUACUGUACAGUAGCUUGAUAAACGCACGUGGUGAAACACGUGAUUAAAAGUUUGAGUUCUUCCACUUCAACUAUCUCUCUGCAUUAUUAUUCAUUUAUUCGUUGGCCUCACUCUCAAAACAGCGCGGUGGGUGGUGCUGUUCACUUGGUAGCUGUAUCUAUUCUUCUCUUCAUCCAUUCUAGAGAGAGAAACACUUUUGUCAACUCUCUCUCUCUCUCUAAAAUGGCCGACGAUGAACCAAUGCCUACUCGCUGGUCUUUCCAGGAGUUCAAAACUUAUUAUGAUGUUAGGCUUGGUAGGAAGAGACUGGUGGAGAAGAAUGGUGAGACGGCUGAUAAUGCGGUUAGUAAUGGAAAUUCUUCCGGCAUUGUAUCAAAUGGUAAUUUUCAUGGUAAAAGAACGUCGGAUAAAGCUAUUUAUGAGCAGUUUCAAAGCCAGGGGCAGAAUCCGACGCACACAAAUGGUUUUGCACAAAACAAUGUUGAUGAAACCCCGCAGAAGUCUUUGCUUCCACCUUUUGAAUCUGCAGAAAUGCGUACUUUAGCAGAGAGCUUAAGUAGGGAUAUCAUUCGUGGGAGUCCAAAUGUGAAGUGGGAAAGCAUCAAGGGGUUAGAGAAUGCCAAACGUUUACUGAAAGAAGCUGUAGUGAUGCCAAUUAAGUAUCCCAAGUACUUUACUGGUCUGUUAUCACCAUGGAAGGGCAUUCUCCUUUUUGGCCCCCCAGGGACAGGAAAGACAAUGCUUGCAAAGGCAGUUGCAACAGAGUGCAACACUACAUUUUUUAAUAUUUCAGCAUCGUCUGUUGUCAGCAAAUGGCGAGGUGAUUCAGAGAAGUUAAUAAAGGUGUUAUUUGAGCUUGCAAGGCAUCAUGCACCUGCAACAAUAUUUCUGGAUGAAAUUGAUGCAAUCAUCAGUCAACGUGGUGAGGCACGCAGUGAACACGAAGCAAGUAGACGGUUAAAAACUGAACUACUCAUUCAGAUGGAUGGUUUAACACGGACAGAAGAACUUGUUUUUGUUUUGGCGGCGACAAAUCUUCCCUGGGAAUUGGAUGCAGCCAUGCUUAGACGUCUUGAGAAGCGAAUCCUUGUACCACUUCCAGAACCAGAAGCAAGAAGAGCGAUGUUUGAGGAACUUCUUCCUCCACAGACUGAUGAGGAACCGAUCCCCUAUGAUUUACUUGUGGAUCGGACGGAAGGAUAUUCAGGCUCGGAUCUCCGCCUGCUUUGUAAAGAAACUGCAAUGCAGCCAUUGAGACGCUUAAUGUUACAACUCGAACAGGAACAAGAUGUGGUGCCUGAAGAAGAGUUGCCAAAAGUUGGGCCAGUCAGGCCUGAAGAUGUAGAGACAGCUUUAAGGAACACACGGCCAUCUGCUCAUCUCCAUGCCCACAAAUACGACAAGUUUAAUGCUGAUUACGGUAGUCAAAUACUUCAAUGAAAUAGUAGUUGUUACUGUUAGGUGUCUGUGAUCUGGUUGUCAUAAAAUCACCGCUGUACAAUAAGGAAACAAAAAUAUUAUUUUGGGUACAGUGAUGUUUACAGAUUUUGUUAACAUGUUUAUCACUUUAUAUGCGAGCGACCAUUUUACUUGAACGUUUUUCAAAUGGUUAUGAUAUUUUAUAUUCCUCAGUUUGUGCU